GAUGUUCUCCGGACAGUUGUUAUGGAAAAAUGUCGAGAGAGAGGUGAGCCUUUGAUGGUCUUCUUCACUUGUACGGCGUGUGCAGUGAGUCGGUGACAUUAAUGAAUCUCUGUCGGAGGCUCCGGAGGCGUGCGCGCUGCCAGGGGCCAGUGUUGGAGUCGCCAGCAGCGCUGCGCCGCAGCUCGGACCCCUUACAUGCUUGUCUUAUAUCCUAACUUCACUCACUUCUUGCUUGUUGUCUCUUCUUUUUUAUGCCUGCAGAGUUCUUCUUUUUGUGCAUUUUCGCAUCACUCUGAUGUGAGGGGGGUCACAGCGUGCGUACUGGGCAGAUAUGCGUUUGCAUACUGGAAGUUUAGCCCUGCAGCUGUUCUCCUGAAACCCCCCCCUAAUCUUUUGCAUUUUCGUCACGCUUUACCUGGGCACUGCAAGAGGGGUUUGUUUUUUUUUUUUUGUUUUUUUCAAGCCACAGGAGGAAAUGGCCAACGAGAGGAAACCGCGGCUUUGUGUCAUGGCAAAGGGGGAGACUGGGUAUGGAUUUCACUUGCAUGGAGAGAAGGGCAAGAGUGGACAGUUCAUCCGCAAAGUGGAGCCCGGCUCCCCCGCGGAGGCGGCGGGGCUGCGCGCCGGCGACAGGGUGGUCGCUGUGAACGCAGUGAACGUGGAGAAGGAGACGCACCACCAGGUGGUGCAGCGGAUCAAGACAGUGGACAACGAGACAAGGCUGCUGGUGGUCGACCAGGAGACACAUGAAACCCUGCGCAGCCUGCGUCUCACAGCCACAGAGGACAUGGCCAUUCUGGGGACCGGGGCCCCCAUUUCCUCCUCUCCUCCAGCCUCCUCCUCCCCGGCACCGUCCUCUACCCCGUCCUCGCCCAUCAAGAAGAGGGAGAAUGGCUCAGUGUCCAAGCAGCCUAUUGCACAGAGCAGCCAGGUGCAGAAGCCCACCAGGAGGUCCCCAUCAAAGGCUGCAAAGAAGGAGACUUUGGCCCAGGCAGAAGUUCACAACCAGUCUCAGUCCUCUCCUCAGCCCGAGGGCGACCCAUCCAAGCUCGUUCCACGUCUCUGCCACCUUGUGCGGCCUGAAACCGGCUACGGUUUCAACCUCCACAGCGACCGGUCACGGCCUGGCCAGUACAUCCGCUCCCUGGACCCGGGCUCGCCUGCGGACCAUGCCGGACUCCGACCGCAAGACAGGCUCGUUGAGGUAAAUGGCGUGAACAUCGAGGCCAUGCGGCAUGCGGACGUGGUGGCCUUCAUAAAGAAAGGAGGAAACGAGACCUGGCUGUUGGUGGUGGACCCAGAAACAGACAAACACUUCAGGAGCAGAGGAGUGGUCCCCACAAUAAGCCAUGUCAAAGAUUACGAUGGUCCGUCCAUAUCCAACGGCUCCCCCUACCCGCAGACCAAUGGCAGCUCCACCACGCAGUCCAUCAGGUCCACGCACUCCGACAUCAGCAGCCAGGGCAACAGCACGCAGCUGGCAGACGAUGACGGCAGCCGGCUCCUGGACCCGUUCGCUGAAAUGGGCCUGAGUCUGAGCGCGACGGCAGCGGAGGAGAAGAUGAAAGUCCACGCCAAAGAAAAGAAGAAGGCACCACAGAUGGACUGGAUGAAGAAAUAUGAGCUCUUCAGUAAUUUCUAAGGCGGCGCAGACCGUCCUCCCCAGCGAGACAGACACAUGGACGGGUUUGCCACACAGAGAACCUAGGAUUGUUAGUUCCUGGAGUGAAAUGUGACAAGAGAUUAACAGGAGUCCAAAGGAUUUAACAUUUGAAGCCACAUCAGACUCUUUAACAUCGACUCUUCCCUCUACGUGAAAAAAGCACGGAAUGACUGCAAAAACUGCAAAAUCAGAAGGACAAGUGUCUUAAAAACCUUCACACGUGGCAGAUUUGCCCAGUUCCCCUCCACUUUUUCUCUACUUCAAGGAUGCCAUUCCUCUUAAUUCGAGAGCUAUUUUUGCAUAUAAAGACUAUAAACUUCUAGAAAUGAAGAGUAUCCACUCAUCAUGAACUGCAUUUAAAGCAUUUUAUGGGCACUGUGGCAUCAAAGACUGGAUAUUAGGGGAUUUUUUUCUCCUCCAUCAACCACAGCACGCCCAAAGUUGGCAGAUCACUGUGAAAUGGGACCCUUCAGCCGUUGUUUGAUAGAGAAAAGGAUGCAUGUGCUUUAUGUGUCUCUCAUGUAUUAGCGUUUUUACAUCAGUGUAAGCCUGUAUGCAGAAGCUUAGCUGCUUCACACCAUCCCUGCUUUACCCAGAAAGAGUAUCUUACCACUUUAACACGAAAAACCUCUUCACACAAAGAGAGCAUACAUGCAUUGUAAAAUGAGCCACUGCUAACAAUAAAAGGGUUGUUAAAGGGAUUGAUGGACGCCAGUGCAGGAAGAAAGACAUUCUCUGAGAGCAGGUGUGGAUGAGGACUGAGCCUCGAGGCUUUAUGUACAGCAGAGGGCGAACUUGCACCACAAAUACAGACACCUUAACAAAUUAGACAUUAAUCCAUACUUGAUUCAUCAUCUCAUUACCUGUGAGGAAGGGAAAAUAUUCCAGGUGCCGUUGAGCAAAGAAACUCCAGAGGAAGUGAUUUGAACGCAAGGUGAAGGACAUUUUAUGUGGUUAGGAUUAAAAUGUUUGACUUUGUUUUGAGAGCAAGUUGUUAAAUAUGAAGAAAAGUUAUGAUUUCAUAAGCAGCUGUGGAAGGAAGAUUUAUUGCUGGCUAUGAAGCUUACUAUUAAUAAGUCAGUAUUACGUUUAGUCUUUCUUUCAUGUUAGAUUUAUAGGAGCUAAUAGUGUAAAAACUACAGUUCACCACUGAAUAACUGGAAGGAAGUUAAAGGAAAUUUCUUCAAAUAAAUUAGUCAAGUACAGUCAGUCUUUCGGGAGAGUAAAACCACCAAAAAUACACACACAAUAAAGUAAUUGUCAGUGGUCGAUGACACAAUCUGGGAAUGGCGCAACUUGAAAAAGUUGAAAGUAUCGUAAUGUUACAUUUUUCACUAAACAAAAGUGUAAAGUGUAUGAAAGAUUCAUAGGAGUCAUCUGCAGUGUGAGCCGCGUGCUUGGGGGGGUUGGGGGUGUCGGAGAUGCUCUGGCAGAUUUGGUGAACUAGACUGUGGGAGCCAUGACGAUUAGAGGAUUAAUCCACACAUACGAACAGCUGUCACGCAGAAGCUCACGUGCAUGGUGGAGGUAUACAUGUCACACUGCAAGCAAUGUUAAUGUAAAGCAUUACAGUAAAUGGAUUAAGAUAUGUCUGCUCUUUUUUUGUUCUUUACCCACUCAUACCCCCAGUUAUCAUCGUCUGGAUAUGUGAACGUCAGUCUGUUUGCACCCGGCUCGCUCUAUAUGCUCUCUCUAAGCAAUCACAGCUGCCGUAGCUGAUGUACAUACAGUAUAAAUGCCAGGUUGAAUUUUUCAAUAAAGUGUGACAACUGGAUUAUUUUGAAUAUCGAGACAUUUGUCAUUAUCUUUCCCAGCUUUCCUUUUCUUUCCACCUUCUGAUGUUUUUCCGUCCCAAGUCUUGCAUUGACGAAUGGCAGCACUUUAUUUUAACUUUCUUUGCCCUCCGUUGCUACCCUUGAUUGGUCUCUU